UUCAAAUGAAGAGGUUACGUCUCCAAAACUCUAAUUGAGAGUUUUGUGACUUCUAGUUUGGCUAAAACAAACGCCCCACCCUCGUCAUGUCGUCAGUACCGAUGACAGCAAUCUGUUAUCAUCUCGUCAGGACAUUCACUAUUGUAACUUGAAGACAGCGAUCUGUUAUCAUCUUGUCACGACAUUCACUAUUGUAACUUGAAGACAGCGAUCUGUUAUCAUCUUGUCACGACAUUCACUAUUGUAACUUGAAGAUAGCAAUCUGUUAUCAUCUCGUCAGGACAUUCACUAUUGUAACUUGAAGACAGCGAUCUGUUAUAAUCUCGUCAGGACAUUCACUAUUGUAACUUGAAGACAGCGAUCUGUUAUCAUCUUGUCACGACAUUCACUAUUGUAACUUGAAGACAGCGAUCUGUUAUCAUCUUGUCAGGACAUUCACUAUUGUAACUUGAAGACAGCGAUCUGUUAUCAUCUCGUCAGGACAUUCACUAUUGUAACUUGAAGACAGCGAUCUGUUAUCAUCUCGUCAGGACAUUCAUUAUCUAACUUUGUCUUCUGUUAAGGACCUUAAGUAUUUCCAAGGCUAAUGUACUAGUGUUCCCUUUUUUGUGUUCAAUAAACGACAUGGAUACCAGAAAGGUUUUUUAACAUGGCUAUCAGAAAGGUUUUUCGAAAGCGAUGGAGGAACCCAAUCGCAGUGUUCGGGGUAGGAAUUUUCGUGGUAGGCUUGUUGUCAAACACUCGUCCAUCAGUGAAUGGUUGUAGUCACAGCGACACCAAUCCAGAACUGAUUACUUUAGAUCUAAAGACGAGUUAUAGACCCACUUACUAUUUCCGGGACUUGUUAAGUAUUGAAGGAGGCGACGCCAACACCACCAAGCCUCCACCUCAGUUUCCACCAGAUUUAUUUACGGAAACCCAAAGAAAACAUGGUGCCGUAAUUUUCCAUGUGAUUGGACUAGUUUACAUGUUUGCCGCCCUGGCUAUCGUUUGUGACGAGUUUUUCAUACCCGCCCUGGAUGUAAUUACAGAGAAGCUCAAGAUUUCGGAGGAUGUUGCCGGAGCAACCUUUAUGGCCGCAGGGGGCAGUGCUCCCGAGCUCUUCACCAGUAUCAUUGGGGUUUUUAUCUCUUUUGAUGAUGUUGGAAUUGGAACAAUCGUUGGGUCUGCAGUGUUUAAUAUUCUCUUCGUCAUCUCAAUGUGCGCCAUCUUUAGCAAGUCUGUUCUACAACUCACCUGGUGGCCACUUUUUCGUGAUGUUAGUUUCUAUUCCAUAAUUCUGAUUAUUCUGAUCAUGUGUUUUCGAGACAAUGUUAUAUACUGGUACGAAUCGGUGGUUCUCCUCUUGUGCUAUGCCUGCUAUGUUACAUUCAUGAAAUUCAACGAACCACUAGAAAAGCUAGUGAAGAAAAUCCUCAACAGGAACAAAGUUACCAGAGUGGAUAGUAAAGACCAUCUGAUGCCUAGUGUAAGUAACGGAGAUUUUUCUUUAUCUAAAGUUACCUUUUCUUUGAGAUUAUGA